AUGCGCACGGCAUACGUCGGGUACGUUGUGCAUGGUACGAGUGUUCGUGGGACGUACUCGGUUCUCACAUGCAACGAGAACGACGAGUGCACUGUCAUCCUUAAUGCAAAUCCAGUGUCGGUGUGGGCUAAGCGGUACGUUAACGAUGUAUACAUUGCCCACCUAAUUAACUCGGCAGAUUGCGCGCACGAUAUCAACACUAAGCUCGUUUCUUCGCGCGAGGCGGAUGGAGCCAUGGGUGAUAUUCUCUUCAACGCCGUAGCACGAGCCAAGACAUUGUUUGCGAACAACGCCGCGAGGUUAGCGAAGAAGGAGGCUCAACGUGAGCGUGCACGCAACAUUAGAAAGAGGUAA